AUGACCGAAUUUCCCCCGCCUCCCACUUCCGCUGUCCCUUGGGAGAAGAUGGAUCUCAAAUUCCAAGAAGGUAUUUUAGUUCUACCGAGCUCAGUCACAGCGACUAAUCAGUAUUUACCAAUAGUCAACGGCCACAUCGAAGCUACCCACUCCAAGAAGACGGGCGAAUGGACGCCACUUAUAUUUGUCCCCAGUCCCCAUGUGAGAAUUCAUGGAAUGUCGCCUGCCCUUAACUAUGGGCAGCAAGUCCUCGAAGGCCUAAAAGCCUUCCGCCACCCUGGCUCUCCUGGCUCAAUCUCACUUUUCCGCCCUGAUAUGAACGCCCAUCGCUUCCAACGGUCUGCUAGUGCACUAGACCUGCCAAUCGUGCCUGUGGACAUGUUUGUCCAGGCUUGUCGCGCAGCCGUUGCGCUCAAUGCCGAAUUUGUCCCGCCUCAUGGUUUUGGCGGAGCCAUGUAUGUGAGACCACAGCUAUACGGGUCUAGUCCGCAGCUUGGACUCACGGCAACGGAUCAGACGACCUUCUGCGUUUUUGUUGUCCCGACAGGAGUACACGAGAAAGCACAAGCAAUGAAGGCUUUGAUCGUUGAUGACUUUGACCGCGCCGCGCCGCGAGGGACUGGUCAUGUUAAGAUUGGUGGAAAUUAUGCCCCUGUGAUUCGGUGGGCGAAACAAUCAAAAGCUGCGGGAUAUGGUGUGACGCUGCACCUAGACAGUGCACGACAUGAAGACAUCGAUGAGUUUAGCACCAGUGCGUUCAUAGGCGCCCGCUAUGCUUCAGGUGCAGACGACGAGCCAGGCGACGAGGUGACGAUUGUGGUGUCAGACUCGCCAUGUGUCAUAGAGAGCGUGACUUGUGACACCGUUCAAAAGAUUGCGCGAAGCUUUGGAUGGACUGUAGAGAAGCGGGCUAUAUCAUAUAAGGAACUAUCUAACUUUAGUGAAGUUAUGGGUGCAGGUACAGCUGUGGCAUUGAUGCCUAUUGCUUCGAUUACGCGAAAGCGCAUGGGAGAAGGCUUGAGUCCUGGACCGCGUGUGACUGUUAACGGCAAUUUCGAGACUAUUGCUUACAUGCCGGAUCAGCAGCAGGGUGGCGGACCGGUCCAUCAGAAGCUACUGGCGCGGUUGUGGGACUGUCAAAUGGGUAGGGUGCCAGAUGAUUUUGGUUGGUGCUUCAAGGUAUCGUUGCAGGACCAGGAGAUCAAAGCUGGAAUGUAG